AUGGGUAUAGGAUGGUUCUUAUGCUCUUUCUUUUCAGAAGAAAUGGUUGAAGCAGUGCAUUCUGGUGGCCCGUGGUUUUUAAAUGGACACAUAAUAGGUAUGGAGAAGUGGACUCCUGAAUUUAAUACUUCUUCUAUUAAGGGACUUUCUUCUCCAAUUUGGAUUAGAAUGCCCCAUUUACCUUUGCAAUGUUGGGAUGAGAAGAAUAUAGCAUGUAUAGCUUCUAGAAUUGGAAAACCACUAAUGAUGGAUGGCAACAUGUUCCAUUGGGCGAGAAGAGAAUUUGCAAUAGUAUGUGUAAGAAUCAAACUUGAUCAACCCCUUCCAACAAGACUUUGGGUGGAUAGCAUUGCUGGAAGGUUCUUCAAAAAUGUGGAAUAUGAGAAGGUUUCUAACUUUUGCUUUGUAUGUGGAAAGAUUGAUCAUGCGAAUAAGGAAUGUGGUCAAAAAGAAAAUAUUCCUAAAAUACUGAAUGUUGAUAAUGGAGGUGAAAUUGAGAAGGAAGUGCAGAUUAUGCUAGAUGCUGAUAUAAGAGAAAACUUUUCUCUUGUGAAUACUGGAAAACCAUGUAUUCCCUAUCAUGAUUCAAAUGUAUAUGACAACAAUAAUUCUGGGAAGAUUGCAGAUAAUAAAUUAACCGUGGAAACUCAUCAAGUUAAUAUGUUUUCUAUCCUUCAAUCAGUCAAUGAAGAUAGAUAUGAAGACGUGUCUAUACAGAACUCUAUGAUGAGUAAUGAAGAUGGUAAUGAAGAUGGGAAACUGAAAAUUGAAGCAAAAACUGUUAAUGGCACAGAUGAAGAUGUCCCAGUUAUGUAA